UUCAGGAAUGAGGAGAGUGUGCCAAGCAGGCUAAGAUAAAAGAACGAUUACAGCGUACCACACCAGAGAAUACAGAGAGGAUAGACAUUGCUAAUAGAUGCUGACCAUCACCCAAGGAACAACUGCACAACUGUGGGAAGACAUCCAGUCCCUUCGUAGCAUUGUUCAACACAGAGAAGGUUGGACAGUGAAACCAUCGCCUGGAAAUCAGUCAGGUCAGGGGAGCUCUGACAUAUCAUCAGAUCUGAAACUGGUCAGUGACGUGGAGCCUUCCAUCAGAACUAACCUAUCUGAAGGUUCGGCUGUGGGUGAUCGGUCAGGGUGAGGCUGAGAAGAAGUGUGAGUGGCUCCAAGUGUGGUGAGAGCUUCAGUCAUUCAAUGUGUCUCAUGAACCACUGACUCAUUCUGACAGGGAAGAGGCUGUUCAAGUGUGAGAUAUGUGAGGACAGCUCAUUAGGCUGAUACACAGCUUUCCUCUGAUGUACAAACGAUUGACAGAAGAACAGCGGCAUGGAAGAGAAACUAUUCCAGUGUGGGUUAUGUGACCAAACAUUCACACAGUUCACGACUCUUGUGCAACACCGAGGCAUUCACACUGAGGAGAAACCUUUCAAGUGUGAGGUUUGCCACAAAGCAUUCUCGUGUUCAUCUCACUUUCGCAUACAUCAGCGUAUUCAUACGGGGGAGAAGCCAUUUGUUUGCAAGGUUUGUGAGAAAUCAUUCUCACAGUCAUCGCACCUCCAUGCACACCAGCGCAUUCACACAGGGGAGAAACCAUUUAUAUGUGAGGUGUGUGACAAAUCAUUCUCACAUUUAACAAACCUCCGCGCACAUAAGCGCAUUCACACCAGGGAGAAUCUGUUUAGGUGUGAGGUUUGUGACAAAUCCUUCACUCAGCUAUCAAACCUCCUGGUCCAUCAGACCAUCCACACAGGGGAGAAACACUUCAAGUGUGAAGUUUGUGGGAAAGCUUUCGCAACUUCGACAAAGCUCCUGAGACACCAGAGCAUUCACACAGGAGAGAGACCUUUCCGCUGUGAUGUUUGUGAGAUGGCUUUCACCCAAUCUUCUGAUCUGCUGACGCACCAAAGAGUUCACACUGGGGAGAGACCUUUCAAGUGUGAGGUGUGUAACAAAUCGUUCACACAGUCAUCGACACUUGUGCAACACCGACGUACUCACACAGGGGAGAAGCCUUUCAAGUGUGAGAAAUGUGACAAAUCAUUCUCACGCUCAUCUCACUUGCGUGUACAUCAACGCAUUCACACAGGGGAGAAACCAUUCACAUGCGAAAUGUGUAACAAAUCAUUCUCAAGGUCCUCCACUCUCCAUGAGCACCAACGCCUUCACACAGGGGAGAAACCAUUUAUGUGCCAGGUUUGUGAUAAGGGCUUUGCACAGUUAUCAGGCUUGUUAAAUCACCGACACAUUCACGCAGUGGACAGGCCGUUUACGCAUGAGCUGUGUGACCGCUCCUUCACACAGUCAUCAACGUUAAUGACACAGUGAUACUUCCACACUGGGGAAAAGCCUUUCACAUGUGAGAUGUGUGACAGAGUUUGGUAUCCUUCCUGAUACACCAGGCAAUUCACAUAGAGAAGUUUUGUUCAAGUGUAGGAUGUGGAACUUUCCCUCUUACUGUCAGUGACAUUUGUGAAACACUGUCAUAGAGUGGAGGAUAUGUUUAACAAUGAGGCUUGUAAUGAGUGUUUUGCACAAGUUUCAGGCUUGUACUAACAAACCAUUUAUACAAGGGGGAAACUACUCAAAUAUAUGAUCUGUGACAAAGAAUUUCCAACCUCAUCAAAUGUUCCUGUCCAUCAAAGGAUUCACACACCAUGACACUACAAAAUUCUCUAGAAAACUUCUAACUUCCAGAGGCACCAUGGAACUCAAUGGAACAAGGAGGUUUUUUAGGAAAUCGAACAUUCAACAGUUUUGUGAAA